AUGACAGAAUAUAAAUUGACAUAUUUUAACUUUAGCGGAUUAGGGGAACCUAUAAGAUUUAUAUUGUCCUAUAUGGGAAAAGAAUUUCAAGACAUUCGCAUUUCUUUUGAAGAAUGGUCGCAAUUGAAGAAGAAAACACCAUUUGGCAAAGUUCCCUUUUUAGAAAUUGAUGGUAAAGUCAUUCAUCAGACGAUCGCUAUUUUAAGAUAUCUGGCACCUCAGGCUGGUUUGGCUGGAAAAAAUGCUGAGGAAGAUUUGGAAAUUGAUAUGGUUGUUGGAGCUUAUGGAGACCUAGCUGCAGAGUUUUCAAGAUACUGGAAAACACAAAACCCAGACGAGAAAGAAAAAUUGAAGGAAACCAUUAUUAAUGAGACAAUUCCAUUUUACAUGUCUAAGUUUGAAACUAUUUUGAAAAAUAAUGGAGGAUAUUUAGCAAAUGGAAAACUCUCGUGGGCUGAACUGUAUUUUGUCGGCCAUAGUUCAUCUAUACGUGGUGCGAUUGGGUUGGAUUUAAAUGAGAAAUAUCCCUUUUGGAAAGAACUGACUGAAAAGGUUCACUCUCUUCCUGGAAUCAAAGAAUGGCUCAAAAAAUAGACCAGUGUCUAUUUAUAAACAA